AGUUAAUAAAAAAUAUUACGGAGUACUGAUUAAUCUAAAGUUCCUUCAUCAUAAGCUACUCUCCUAUUUAUGUUUAUUUUUGAAAAAAUGGUUAACUGAAUAGUAUAAGAAGGUUAAAUUGGAAAAGACUAUUAAAUGUGAAUAUAUUUCAAAGUUGGACAUAUUAUAAAACAGAACAAUGGAACUAGGUCAACCUAGAUAGGUAAAUAGAAGCACAGACAAGUAGGAAGCAGAUGGAGUACUAUCAAUCUGGUGGUGGUGCUAAGCAGGGGAAUGUAAAAGGCCCAUUAUGAAAUACUCCGUACAAUAUCUAGUUCUACAAGAGUACAAAAGAUACAGUAUUUAGUUUUACACUUUUACUAUAUGUUGCCCAGGCAUAUGAAGCUCAGGAGAGAGCCAAACAACAAGCAACACUCGAAAAAAUAACUUUACCCCAGAAUGCCAGUCACGGAAUUGUUCGCUCCUACUUGCAACAUUAUGGCUACGAAGACACCCUUCAAAUGUUUGAUAUUGCAAGUAAAAGCACUAUUCCACCUAUCUCAUUUGUACAAGAAAAUGGUCCUGAGGAGGAUAGCAUGUAUGCAUUAAACCAUAGGAAGAUUCUUCGCCAGCUAAUUAGAAGUGGACAGAUAGAUGAUGCUUUUCGUAAACUUCAAGAUUGGUACCCUAGUCUUGUUCAGGAUGGUUCAUCAGCUAUUUGCUUUCUGCUUCACUGUCAAAAGUUUAUUGAGUUAGCACGGGCUGGGAAGCUGGAAGAAGCUGUAAAUCAUGGCAGAAGUAAAUUUCACAAAUUUAUUAGAUUUACAGAAUUUGAGGACUUAGUUAAGGAUUGUGCUACUUUGCUGGCAUUCGAGCAACCGUUGAAGUGCCCGGCCGGAUACCUACUAGGAGACACGCAGAGAGAGAUUGUGGCAGAUGCAGUAAACGCUGUGAUCUUAUCUCAAAACCCUAAGGCUACUACUGACCAAAGAGCUUGCUUGCACUCAUGUCUAGAAAGGCUUCUCAGGCAAUUAACGGCUUGCUUCCUCGAGAGACGUGCCAUGAAUGGGGAUCAAGGUGAAGGCUUCCAUUUACGCCGCAUUCUUUACACCAAUGGUAAGGAGGUUUAAAAGCUUCUAUGCAGGGUCAAAUAUUAGAUUGUUUAAACCAGUUUAGUUUCAGGUUUUCUUGAUCAGAACUACAGGUGUACAGUUUCUUUUUCUUUUCAUUUUUAUGGUGGGGGAUUAUACUGUGUGUGACAUUAUAAGAAUGUACUCUAACUUUUGAAUUGAUUUUAGCUCAUUUCGUGCCUUGCGCUGUGUUUU